CGCGGCCGACCGCCGGCGACAUUCCCGCGCCGCUCCACGCCGCAACGAGCCGUCGCUUUCGCUCGGGGUCGAAUCCAGCGCGCAGCCACGUGGCCUUACCGCCGCCGUCCGCCGCCACAGCGUCUGCAACAAGUGGGUCGUGAGUCACCCGCGCAGCCGACCGGACGACCGCUGCGUCCGCGCUGCCGUGCGGCCUGAAGACGGAGGCCGUGGUUACAUCAGCCGCGGGCGCCGGUACCAGGCUCGCGCCGCCCGCGCCUCUUUCCCGUCCACGCCGCCGGCGCGUCCGCACUGCGCCCGCCCGCGCGAUCGCCGAGCGCUGCUCAGGGUGCGCGCCGCGCCACGCACUAGUGCGUUGUCCUUAUCGGCGCCCCCCCCACCCCCCACCGACCGCGUGUGCUCCCCCCUCCUGACGCCCGCGCGCCCCCACCGCCGCCGCGUCCGGCGGACAAUGCUGUAGGCGCGACAGCGCAGGAGACAAGUGCAGCCGCUGACAGCCAGCCGUUCCGUGUGACAUCCCGCCGCCAUGCAAGCCGUGGAGCAGCCCCCCCAGGCGCCUCCGCCAUCACCGCCGCCGUCGCCGCCCGUGGAGCAUCAGCACGCCCACGACGCCCUGGAGCACGGCAGCACGCCGGGCCUGUGGGUGUUCGGGUACGGCUCCCUGUGCUGGCACCCGGGCUUCGAGUACGAGCAGUCCGUCACGGGCUACGUGCGCGGAUGGGCGCGGCGCUUCUGGCAGGGCAACACCACGCACCGAGGCACCGAGGGCAAGCCUGGUCGUGUCGCAACUCUUAUCGAAGAAAAAGAGGGCGUAGUGUGGGGCCGAGCGUUCGCGGUGACCGGCGACGCUGCGCUGCCGUACCUGGACACGCGCGAGUGUCGCCUGGGCGGCUACCGCACGCAGCUCACCACCUUCCACCCGGGCUGCUGCCCCGAGCGCACGCUCACGGCGCUGGUGUACGUGGCGCUGCCGUGCAACGCGCUGUGGCUCGGGGACGCGCCGCUGCCCGAGAUGGCGCGCCAGAUCGUGGCGUCGCGCGGCCCCAGCGGCCACAACGUGGAGUACAUCCUGCGGCUGGCGGCGUUCAUGCGCCACCAGGCGCCCGACUCGCCGACGACCACCUGUUCGCCUGGAGAAGUCUGAGUGCGGGAACGCUGCGCCGCAGCGGCUGUGCCUGAGGCGCUCAUGGGCGACCCACCCCUACGGAGGCUUGGACGCGGAGAGCCCCCUGCGUCGAGGUGGACACGCCCACCUCAUCGGGAGCACUUCGAGUCGGCGUCGUCGUCGGGACGGAGUGAGCCCCGAGGGCGCAGUCGGCCCGCCCCGGGCCCGCCCCGCCCCCGCCGCCGCCGG